AUGAAGAUGCUCCCAGGAGUGGGUGUGUUUGGGACUGGCAGCUCCGCUCGGGUAUUGGUGCCACUGCUGAGGGCAGAAGGGUUCACAGUGGAGGCUCUGUGGGGGAAGACAGAGGAGGAGGCAAAGCAGCUUGCUGAGGAGAUGAACAUCACCUUCUACACCAGCCGGACUGACGACGUCUUGCUGCAUCAAGACGUGGAUCUGGUCUGCAUCAAUAUUCCCCCUCCGCUCACCCGACAGAUAUCCGUGAAGGCUCUAGGUAUUGGGAAGAAUGUGGUGUGUGAAAAGGCAGCAACCUCAGUGGACGCCUUCAGGAUGGUGACGGCCUCGCGCUAUUACCCGCAGCUGAUGAGCCUGGUGGGGAACGUGCUGCGCUUCCUGCCCGCCUUCGUGCGCAUGAAGCAGCUGAUCGCAGAGCACUACGUGGGUGCGGUGAUGAUCUGUGACGCCCGCAUCUACUCAGGCAGCCUGCUCAGCCCCAGCUACGGCUGGAUCUGUGACGAGCUCAUGGGUGGUGGAGGCCUGCACACCAUGGGCACCUACAUUGUGGACCUGCUCACUCACCUGACUGGCCGGAGAGCGGAGAAGGUGCAUGGCCUGCUCAAGACCUUUGUGAGGCAGAAUGCAGCCAUUCAUGGCAUCCGGCACGUGACAAGUGAUGACUUCUGCUUCUUUCAGAUGCUCAUGAGCGGGGGAGUGUGCAGCACAGUGACACUCAAUUUCAACAUGCCAGGUGCCUUUGUGCACGAGGUCAUGGUGGUGGGCUCCGCAGGACGCCUCGUUGCUCGGGGGGCUGACCUGUACGGGCAGAAGAACUCUGCCACACAAGAGGAGCUGCUCCUGAGGGACUCGCUGACGGUGGGCACAGGGCUGCCUGAGCAGGGACCACAGGAUGUCCCCCUGCUGUACCUGAAGGGCAUGGUGUACAUGGUACAGGCCCUGCGCCAGUCCUUCCAGGGCCAGGGGGACCGCCGCACGUGGGACCGGGCCCCUGUUGCCAUGGCUGCCUCGUUCGAGGAUGGGCUGUACAUGCAGAGUGUGGUAGAUGCGAUCAAAAGGUCCAGUCGAUCUGGGGAGUGGGAGGCAGUGGAGGUGAUGACAGAGGAGCCCGAUGCCAACCAGAACCUGUGUGAGGUGCUCCAGCGGAAUAACCUGUGA